CCACGUACGACAGAACAUAUCCUGCGUAUGUUGCUGUAGUUAGCAAUGGCGGAGCUCAAAGAAGCAGACGCUGCUCAGCUUCACCAGGAGGACGUCGAUAUCAAACGUGGAGAUUGUGGAGAUGCACCGUCAGUUGGUGACCAACCUGCAGAACAGGCAGUGAAGACUGAAUCUGCUGAAGACAACGAUGCCAAACCCUCAACCACAACACCUGAGAGACACAUCUCCAUCCAAACUAAAUUGGAGGGACUAGAGGUGCUGGUUGACCUCAAUGGUGCGGGACGUAAAUCGUGUCCUCUGUGUCCUGAGGAGAAGUUUAAAGCCUGCUACAGCCACAAGCUCCGCCGACAUCUGCAGAACCUCCACUGGAAAGUCUAUGUGGAGUUUGAAGGCCAGAGAAUGUGCAUCUGCCACCUGCCCUGCAGAAACCUGAAGCCCAGCCUCAGCGGAGAUCAGGCAUCGGGCAGACACGUGGCUCACUACCACUGUGUGGUGUGUUCUGUGACCAUCGCCCGCAAGACGGACAUGAUCAGCCACCUGAAGCGACACGUCAACAAAGGAGAGACGGAAGCCAGCUACUCCGGGAGCUCAGACGUCCCGUUUGAGGAGCCGGCUCCGUCUGGUCAGGCAUAUGAAAUCAUGAAAGAACUUGGAACCAACGUCCAGCUCCUCCCAAACCACACCACCCCUCAGAAGAGCGACACCUACUUCAACCGCAAGAUGAAGACCAACAGGCAGCUGGUGUUUUGUUCCCUUGCGGUUCUGGCGGAGGAGAGAAACCCUCUCGAGUGUCUGGAUGCUUUUGGGGCCACAGGGAUUAUGGGCCUCCAGUGGGCGAAGCACCUCCGAAACGCCGUCAAAGUCACCAUAACCGAUAUCAGCGACACGUGCAUCAAAAUGAUCAAGGAGAACUGCGAGCUAAACCACAUCCGGGUCGAUGGCAGCCCCAGAGGCUCACGAGGCCCCCGGGGGCCCGACGGGGCCAGCAGCGAAGUCGAGGGAGCGCCCAUCGCUACGGUGGAGGUCGUCAAGAUGGACGCCAACGUCACUAUGCACCUGUGGCCUUUUGACUACAUGGAUUAUGGGCCUCCAGUGGGCGAAGCACCUCCGUAACGCCGUCAAAGUCACCAUAACCGAUAUCAGCGACACGUGCAUCAAAAUGAUCAAGGAGAACUGCGAGCUAAACCACAUCCGGGACGA